CCUCCUCGAACCCAAGCAAGCAGCAAGCAGCCAAAGCCAAAGCAGCAGCUGCAGCCAGCCAAGCAAGCCAGGCUCCUCGGGAGAGGAGGGAAGAGACAGCGACCGGUCGAUCGAUCGGCGGCGGAGGCUCCAAGGGAGCGAGCGGAAGCAGCGCCCGGCGCCACGAGAAAGAAGCCAGAGUCUCCAAGGCGAAGAGGAGGAGGAGGGGACUGAUUCGAUCCGAUUAUAUUCCGCGGGCGAUGGCGCGGCGGGCGGCGGCGUGGGAGCAGGGCGGCGACGAGUACGACUACCUGUUCAAGAUCGUGCUCAUCGGCGACUCCGGCGUCGGCAAGUCCAACCUCCUCUCCCGCUUCACCAAGAACACCUUCUCCCUCGACUCCAAGUCCACCAUCGGCGUCGAGUUCGCCACCCGCACAAUCGAGGUGGAAGGGAAGACCAUAAAAGCGCAGAUAUGGGACACGGCAGGGCAAGAACGGUACCGGGCGAUAACGAGCGCUUACUACCGGGGAGCCGUGGGGGCGCUGCUGGUCUAUGACGUCACCAAGGGAGCGACCUUCGAUAACGUGAAGCGGUGGCUCAAGGAGCUCCGUGACCACGCCGACUCCAACAUUGUGAUCAUGCUCAUCGGCAACAAGAUGGACCUCAAGCACCUCCGCUCGGUCGCCCAAGAGGACGCGGCGAGCUUUGCAGAGAGGGAAGGCCUGUCAUUCAUCGAGACUUCCGCCCUCGACGCGACGAAUGUAGACAGGGCUUUCCAGACCGUCCUCGGCGAGAUCUACCGCAUCAUCAGCAAGAAGGCCCUGUCCACCGAUGAUUCUGGUGCCGGUGCUGUCAAAGAGGGGCAGUCGAUUCAGGUGUCGGCCGGAGACUCCAGCAGUGUUUCGUCAAGAUGCUGCUCUUUCUAGCGACGUACGCCUCUCAUCAUCGUGACCACGUAGAUCAUUUCAGUUGGGCUGAACGCCGUCGUUGGAAUGUGGUGUCCUCUGUGACAAAAAUAAAUUCAGAAGAUUUUUUUUCUCUCCGUAAAUUAGCACGGCUGCUUGAUUCGAGAGUUGGGAUCUGAUAACUCUGCUAUGAAUUGCCUAGGUGGUGCAGUGCAACGUUGUAAUAUUGCCAGAAGUAUAUGCACAUUCAUGUCCUGUCCUAUCAUCCCAGGGAAACUGUCAAUGACUGUCUGUAAAAUUACAAUGCGACACUACAAAAUUUGCGGAAUUUUAGGGGGUUUUCUGCGGCUGAUGAGAAAUCA